UCCAUUUAUUUGAAUAAUUGUUCUAUAAUCGAUCUCUCAUUUGGUUUUCUAAAUUUGUAGUUAGAAAGGUUUCACCAAAAUGGGGAAGGAAAAGAACUCCGAGUCUUCCUCAUCCAUGCCUAAUCUUACCAGGGGAACAAUGUCUGCGAUGGAUCUAAGAAGGCUGAAACGGUAUAGUUGGGAACUAUUCUCUGGUCCAGGACCAAUAUCAGAAUCUGUAAGGAUUCAUGAUGUGUUCUUAAGUUUCAGGGGAGUGGAUACUCGUUCUACCUUCGUUUCACAUCUAUAUACAGCUCUUCGAAAUGCUGAAAUUAAAGUUUUUCAAGACGAUAGUGGGCUUCAAAGAGGAGAUUACAUUUCAACAUCAUUAUUACGUGCAAUUGAAGAGUCUCAAAUUUCUUUAAUUGUUUUCUCAAAAAACUAUGCCAAUUCAAAAUGGUGUUUGGAUGAAUUGGAUAAAAUAAUGAUGUGUUAUAGAACCAUAGGACAAAAGGUUGUGCCUGUGUUUUACCAUUUAGAACCAUCUGAAGUGCGCCAUCAGACAGGAGAGUUUGGAGUAUCUUUUCAAAGUCUUUUGGAUGAACUGCGUCUGCAGAGAAUUAUGUUUCCAAAAAGUUUUUUGAUUAAACUGCAUCCGACGAAAUUGGUGCAAAAUUGGAGAGAGGAUCUUCGUCAGGCAGCUAGCAUUGCAGGGUUUGAAAUACUCAAGUCACGGAAUGAAAGUGAGUAUAUCAAAGCUAUUGUUGACCACAUUUCAGACUUGUUGAAUAAGACAGACUUGUUUAUUUCGGAUAACCCUGUGGGAAUUCAAUCUCGAGUGAAAGAUGUGAUUAACUGUCUAGACUUCGGAUCAAACGGUGUUCAACUAGUAGGGAUGUGGGGUAUGGGGGGAAUUGGCAAAACAACCAUUGCAAAAGCUGUUUACAAUAAGAUUGGCCGCGAGUUUGAAGGUAGGAGCUUCCUUGCAAAUAUUAGGGAAGUUUGGAAGCAAGAUGGUAGACAAAUGGAUUUACAAGAACAACUUUUAUCUGAUAUCUGUAAAGAAAUAACCAAAAUAUCAUACAUUGACAAGGGAAAAAACACAUUAAAGGAUAAACUUUGCGGUAAAAGAGUACUUAUUGUACUUGAUGAUGUGAGUACCCUAGACCAACUGAAUACUUUAUGUGGAAGUCGUGAAUGGUUUGGCAAAGGAAGUGUAAUAAUCAUCACAACAAGAGAUUUGGUUUUACUCAGAGGGAGAGUUGACAGAAUAUACACAAUGACAGUAAUGAAUGAAAGUGAGUCAAUUGAGCUUUUUAGUUGGAAUGCAUUCAAGCAAGCGAGACCCAAAGUAGAUUUUUCUGAAAUUUCCAUGAAUGUGGUUAAAUAUUCUGGAGGGUUGCCGCUAGCUCUGGAAGUCCUUGGGCGUUAUUUGUUUGCUAGAGGGGUAACAGAAUGGCAAUGUGUAUUGGAGAAACUCAAAAGAAUUCCUAAUGAUCAAGUGCAGAAGAAGUUAAGAAUAAGUUAUGAUGAUUUGGAAGAUACCGAUGAGCAAGAAAUAUUCCUUGACAUAGCUUGUUUCUUAAUUGGAAUGGACCGAAAUGAUGUUAUACUCAUAUUAAAUGACUGUGGACUUCAUGCUGAAAUUGGAAUAAGCGUCCUUGUUGAGAGAAGCCUUGUGAGUGUUGAUGAUAAGAACAGGCUUGGAAUGCAUGAUUUACUGCGAGAUAUGGGAAGAGGAAUUGUUCGUGAGGAAUCACCAAAGAGUCCUGAGAAGCGUAGCAGGUUGUUGUAUCCGGAGGAUGUGAUUGACGUAUUAUCAAAACAAACUGGAGAAGAAAGUGUUAUGGGACUGGCUUUGAAGUUGCCUAAAGCUAAUAAAUACUGUAAAGCUAAUGAAAACUUUUUUAGCACCGACGCAUUUGAAAAGAUGAGAAGACUCAGAUUGCUUCAACUUGCUGAAGUAAAACUUGAUGGGGACUUUAGAUAUGUUUCAAGAGAGUUGAGAUUGCUGUCAUGGAAUGGAUUAAGUCACAUACCUAAAAACUUCACCUCCGGAGAAAAAUUAGUUUCCAUCGAGUUAGAGAAUGCCAAUGUCCAUCUUCUGUGGAACGAAUCCAGGUUCAUGCCGUGGAUGAAGAAGUUGAAAGUUCUUAAUCUUAGUCAUUCUCACAAUCUCACAGAAAGCCCCGACUUUUUUACGCUGCCUAAUCUUGAAAAGAUAGUACUCAAAGAUUGUCGGAACUUGACUAUGGUUUCUUAUAGCAUCGUAUUUCUCAACAGAGUUCUUCUAAUAAAUUUGCAAGACUGUAUAAGCCUUUGUAGCCUCCCAAGAAACAUCUACAAGUUGAAAUCUUUGAAAACUCUCAUUCUUUCUGGCUGUAAAAAACUUAAAAAGUUGGAAGAGGACUUGGAACAAAUGGAAUCUUUAACCACUCUGCUUGCAAAUGAAACUGCAAUAAAAAAAGUGCCAUUUUCAAUAUUUAGGUCAAAAACUAUUUGGUACAUUUCUUUGUGUGGCUAUGAAGGACUCUUAAGCGAUGUAGUUCCAUCUAUGAUUUGGUCUUGGAUGUCACCAACAAGUGCACUUUCUUACCUAUGCCAAAGAGUUGUAGCCAUGUCAUUUAUUGUUUCUUUAGAUAUACAUAUACCACAUGGUAGUAGUUCCCAGGAACUAUCGUCUCUUUUCAGAAGCCUUCAACUGUCUAAAGAUGGAAAAAUCAUUUUGGAUUCUUUUUACGCCACACUUUCUAAGGAUUUGGCAUCUACUUCAGCUACUUCAUCAGUAUCAAAAGAUUCCUUAAAGUAUGAUCUAUUUGACAUUGGAAUGAAUUGCCAGAACACCAAUAAUCUCACAGACAUUUUACAGAACACCAAUAGAUCCGAUGGCCCUACAGCCUUGUUGGUGAAAAAUCAUACAAAGGCCACCAUUCAGUUCUACAAGAGAGGGGCACCGAAGUGUCGUCUAAGACUACUAUCAAGUAUAGAACCUGGUAAUAAAGUGGAGGUUGCUGUUGUUUAUGAGAACAAUUUCAUUGUAGAGCAGACAUUCCUUUAUCUCGUAUAUGAUGAACCAGAUUUGACUUCAUAUAGAGAGAAGAAAAAACGAGUGGAGUGAAUCAAUGAAAGAUGGUAAAACAAUGGCGGAGCAAAAAUCAAUUGUAUCCAUGCAUGGUGAAGAAGACAACAAUUUUGCUGCUGCUAUAUGUUUUAGGCAACCAUCUUAAUGUUCUUCAAGAAGAUUGUAUCUAUGUGACUAUGUCGAUCGGUCUAAGAUACGCGUCCAUCCGAUACUCCUAAUGAAGAUUGUGGCCUGCUGUUUAAUCUUGUUAUUUGCUGCUGCUGGAGCUCUCUUAGUUUGUAUUUGUGGUUAGUUUUUCUUUUGUUUGGCUUUACAAGUCUUGCUAUCUCACAAAAGAUGUGUUUAUCGGUUUUCUCCAAGUAAAAUCAUCUCUUAAAUAAAAUUGUAACAUUAAUUUUUAA